AAAACCCUCUUUUAUCAUCACUUGAGCUUCACCGUCGAACGCGUCGAAGCAAAAUGAAGAUUUGUUAUCUGAUUAUCGCCUUGAUAUUGGCCGCGCUUUAUGGCGUCGAGGGUAUUCCUAAGAAACCUAAGGAGAGACCAAGAAAAGGUCGAAAGAUACCUGACCGACUUCUCCAAAUCCUCAAGAAACAAACAAGUGCAGGGGGACGAAUCUACACAAUCAACGAAGGGAUGCAAGUGGCUAGUCACCUUUUCCAAGGCGAUAUCGCGAUGGAUUUACAACAGCUCGAGAAACUAAAAAAGGGAAACCGGAAGCCAAAUAGGGGAUUGAGGCAAGACGACCACCCCGCAAAACGCAACGCUGUAAGACAACUGAAAAUGAUAUGGAGGACUAGGAAAGUGCCAUAUACAGUACAUGCUGACGUCGUUGCAGCAGGCACUUCCAAACUCAACGACGCUAUCAACCAGUUCAAGACCAAAUCCUGUAUUGAGUUUGUACCGCGAACGAACGAGGAGAAUUACAUUCAGUUCGUAAAAGAAGAUGGCUGCUGGUCGUACAAGGGGAUGCAGGGUGGCAUGCAAAAAGUAUCUAUCGGUGAUGGGUGUAAUGACGUGUCCAUUAUCAUCCACGAGCUGUUACACGCCCUGGGAGUCGCGCAUGAGCAGUCGAGACCUGACAGAGACGCGUACUUGGAGGUGCUUCCGGCAAAUAUCAUCGCUGGUCUAGAACACAAUUUUCAAAAACUGUCCUACGAUCAAGCCGAUACGCUAAGUCUGCCGUACGAUUACGACAGCGUGAUGCAUUAUGGGAAGACGGACUUCUCUAAAAAUGGUCAGAACACGAUGCAAGCCAAGGGCGAUCCCAACAGGCAACUCGGACAGUACAUCGGAUUUACAGCCCUUGAUUUGCAAAAGCUGAACAAGUUAUACGACUGCAGUACUCCCUCUGGGGGAUGGUCUUCGUGGAGUGAUUGGAAACCUUGCGUUAGCGACGGAAAGAAAACCCGCCAGCGGUUUUGCACGGUAAAGUCUCUCUCCAGCUGUUCUGAAGCCACGGCCGAGGGGACUCAGGAGGAGACUAGGAACUGCGGCAGUACAAAGGUUGACGGUGGCUGGGGGGCGUGGUCAUCAUGGAGCACGUGCAGUGCCACGUGUGGAGGUGGCUCCCACUCUCGUUCCCGUUUGUGCAAUAACCCGUCGCCUAGCAACGGAGGCGCCAAUUGCGUUGGAGACUCUUCCCAAAUCCAGACAUGUAAUACCCACUCUUGUAGCAACGCAGUUGUUCUAGACGGUUGUACAAUGGACGGGUGGACCUUCCCCUACACGUGCGGCUGGGAGAACGAUUUAUCAAACUACGCAGACGAUUGGUACGAGAACAGAGGUUAUCCAGGAGAUCACACCACAGGAUCAGGGUACUUUGUACAUCUGGCCUCUGAUUACUUGACCUCCGGACAAAAGGCCCGCUGGCAAAAGGCCGGUUAUCAAGCGACUAACGCGGCGUGUUUUGAGUUCUGGUACUACAUGAACGGCGCGAGCAUGGGUACACUCAAGGUUCUCGUGAAGACUAGUUCGGGUGAGACCCAAGUGUGGAGUGCCAGCGGUGACAUGGGCGCGGCAUGGAAGCAUGCGCGAGUCACCAUCUCCAGUGCACAGACCUACACCCUGGUGUUUGAAGGCACCAAUGGAGGGUCUCAGAGUGAUUUCCUCAUCGACGACUUUAAGCUAUCAAGCCUGGCGUGCCCGUAAGGUACAUGGUGCUGGCCGACACCCGAAAAGCACGUAGAUAUACAGUGAUCGGUCAAACUAUUAGAAUAGCUAAAAAAUGUGGGUUUGUCAAACAUAUUACAAGUGGGUCAUAAAAGAUUAAAUAAAACGCUUUAGCAGCUUAA